CGAUUCGUGAAUACUUUAUGAAAUUCAUAGCACUAGGACCAGGCGGUCGUCUUUGGAGGUCGGAGAAGCUCCCUCAUCUUGGGUAUAGAGUCCAUUGUAAACAUGGCUGCCGCUGUGCAUCGGAUUCUGUCCUUCAGUAGAAAUGCUAAGGCGCUUGUAUCGCCUUUGAAGACCUCGGCGGUUUCUCUACGGCGCUACAGUUUACAAGCGUCGACCACUGGAGAGCAAAUUACCCACACCGGACAAGUGUAUGAUGAAAAUGAUCCCAGGCGGGCCAGGUUCGUGGGCCGACAGAAAGAGGUGAACAAGAACUUUGCCAUCAAGCUGGUGGCUGAAGAGCCAGUCAGUGGCAUAGAGGCCAGAGUGGUGUCAUGUGAUGGGGGUGGAGGAGCACUGGGCCACCCAAAAGUCUACAUCAACCUGGAUAAAGAAACUAAAGUGGGCACAUGUGGCUACUGUGGACUGCAGUUCAAACAGACCCAUCAUCAUUGAGAUGCAUUCUCAGUCCUCUCUCUCUCUCUCUGUAGUCUGUCAUCCUGGUUAAUAAAUUAUAUCUACUUUUCUCCUCAGUCUGUAUCAGUUUCUAUGAUGUGGUGUAUAUUCUUAUGGAAGCUUCAUCAGUUGGUAAAUGCCUAGUCUUGGCACCCAGACCCAAGUCAAGGCUCCCAUGAGAGACUAGUAAAUGGCACAAUACUCUUUCUAGAUGGCUUGGUUUAAAAUGUGUUGCAUCUAUUUCUCAAGUGUUUGCAAUGAGUUGUGUUUCUGGACCUUGCAGAAAAGAAUAAUCGUUACUUUUCGAUCUUACAGUUCCCUGUCUCACUGCCAGAGGGCAGCAUUGGCUGAUUUGUCAAAAGUGUUCAUGCAAUAGUAAAUGAUUUAGUGAAACAACAAGGUACAGGACAGACAGGGUGUUGUGAUUACUGUAGAAGCUGUGAUGGGGUUAGUUUUGACAAGGCAUUAAAGACUUAUUGUGUACGUGGCAAUAACCCAAUGGCUUAUUAAAUAGUUAUGCUGUGCAAGUGGCA